ACGUCCUAUGCUCCAGUGGAAAAAUGUCCCAGCCUAUCCAGUCUUUCUUUAUAAGUCAAACCUUCUAUCCUGGCAACAUCCUGGUAAAUCUAUUCUGAGUUUUUAACUUAAGAAUUUUUAAGGUGGGACUUCGACAAAUAUUUAAAGCUUAUUUUUAUUAUUUGUGACAUAUUCAAGGAACUCGUGAUUUGUCAUUUGUUUGUUAAUGGACAUAUAAAAUGUUGAUUUCCUGCAUCCAACUUCUAGUCUUUUGCAUUAUUUGUCCUUAUUCUUGAUGGGGUACCAGGUCUGGUGAACUGAUUCAGAUUUGCGCUGCUGCAAAGCAAAAUCUAAUCUAACCAAUUGACGCCCUACUAAUCAACUGGCAAUCAUCUGUGACAUGAUGGAAGGAGUCAACAACAAUGCUGUCAGGCAGAAUUUAACCUGUUACUUGAUGUUCAAUUUAGAUUCCGCCAAGAAGACUCAUUCCCCAUCUCACUACAGACUUUGUCCAGUCUUGGACCUGACCUGUAUUCCAGAGCUGAGAUGCAAGUGACUGCCAAUGCUGUCGUGGACAUCAUUAACAAGACCAAAUUUGUUGCCCGUCUAUAGUUGCCUUUGAAAGGAUGGUAGUGAACCUGAAAUGCUACUACACAUUUGUUGCAGGUACACGGAGUGCUACAAGAAAGGGAGUUCCAAGGUUUUAAUUCAUUGACAGUGAAGAAAUGACAAUGCAUCUCCAAAUGUGAUGGUGCAUUGCUUGAAGGAGAACUUGCGGGUUGUGGUCUUCCCUUGUGCCUUGCCCUUCUAUGCAAUAGAAAUCGGACCCUUGUUGGGUUGCCGCUGUGCAUCUUGUGGUGGAGGGAGUGAAUGUGGGGAAUUGAUCAUAUGGGCAUCUUGAAUGUUGUCGUUGCUGCCCUGUUCCAGCCUGGAAGAGUUGUCACACUUGUUGAAGAUCCUGAGGGCCUCGUAUGGGGUGUGGUAUAUAAACUUCCAGAUGGAAAAGAAGAAGAAGUGAAGGAAUAUCUUGACUUCCGAGAAAAAGAUGGUUACAGGACUAUUACAGUUACGUUUUAUCCAAAGGAUACCUCCAUAGAUCCUUUCCCUGUGAUGCAAUACAUAGGAACAUGUGAUAAUCCCAAUUACUUGGGCCCAGCACCCUUGGAAGACAUGGCCUUGCAGAUUUUAAAUGCUGUUGGGCAAAGUGGAAGGAACACAGAGUACCUGUUUGAACUUGCUGACUCCUUGCGAAAGAUUGUUCCAGAAGAUACAGAUGAGCACCUCUUUUCAUUGGAGAAAAUGGUCAAGGAGCUCUUAGAGAGAAAUGGAAAAAGUAACUGUAUAUAAAGGAUUGCUACAAUAAAGUAGGGCUGAAUUAAAGACUGUCUUCAUUUUAAACCCACAUGCUUAUUUAAUUUAUACUUGUUGUGUCACUAUUAUUCAUGACAAUGUCCAUCACACACAGAGCAAAAGGUAUUAAAUGCAAUGCUGAUGACCAUAGUCUGAUAUUAAAAGUACACAUGACCACGUAUUAUGCACAUCAAAAUGUGAUCUCGUUAUUUAACCAUGGUCCUUGGUGAAGUCAUGCUUUCUCUGGAAAUAUAAUUGCUGACUAACCUGAUUACAGGAGUGGUUUGCACUGACGUACCCUGAAUAUUUGAGUAUUAUUUUCAAAUAAGUGUCAUUUUUAAUGUUGCCAUAAAUUUUAAGCGGAGAAGUUGCAAGUCAAAUCUCAAUGUGGUUGGAUUAUAGGAUUAUCCAGUAAGUGUUAUUUAUAUGGCUGCUCCCCUUACCUUUUUAGUUGCUAGAAACAGUAGACCCCCAAGGACUGUAUUGCAUGUACAGUAGAUAAAUAUUGGAAUACAAAAUUAGUCCCAGAAGUUUAUCUUGUCUGUACAGCAUAUGAUAAUGUAUUCCUUACGUAACCAUUGUAAAUUACUGUCUCCAUAGCACAUCCUAAUACAACCUGGAGAAUAUUUAUCUAAAAAGCAAAAAAAGUGCUGGAAAUAUUCAGUCAUAUCUUUUGAAAAAGAAACUGAAUUAAGCUUUCAGAUCAAUGACUUUUAGCUCAAAUGGCUGGAUGACUGGUUUACAAUGCAGAGUGAUGCCAACAGCAUGGGUCCAAUUCCCCCAAUGGGAGAAGUCAUCAUGAAGGUCCUGCCUUCUCAACUGUCACCCCUUGUCUGUGGCAUGGUGACCCUCCAGUUAAACUCGCCACCGCUUGUCUGUCUGGUGAGAGAGCAGCCCUGUGGUCCUUUAGGACUAUGUCAACUUUAUUUUUAUCUUCAUAACCACUGCUUCCAUUUCUUUCAAAUAUGAAGUUCUGGUAAUUUUACUAUCGACAUUUACAGUUCCUUUUGACGAAAAUUUUCUUCCCAUGUGCCAUCACAAGUCUCUGUGUUCCUUUGCACUGUCACCCCUUUCAUUAUUUAAUCAUUUCAGUCUUCAACAUAUAACAGAUCAUUAGUUCUGGUGUAAGGAUGUUGAUGUGAAAAAUUCUAUUUUGAGCAUUUCUUAAAAUUUUAUUUCCAGUUUUGAGCAUUAGCAUCAUUUUCCUCUUGUAAUAGGAUACUCAACAUAAAUGUUUUCGAUGUGAGUCUAACUCAAACUAGAAAAUGUUUGAGUUGCACUCAAGCUUGUGUACAUGGUUUAUGAAUGAUAUUCUGCCUCACUACUUCAGCAUUUAAAUACUAAAUUGAUAUGCUGAUUUUUUUUUUCAAAUAUGUACUUUGAUAUUUAGAAAAGGUGAUAUCUUAAACUAUGGUGCAAUAGGUCAUAAUUAUUUUAAGACUGUAAAAUUUGUCAUUAGAAGCAUCACUUCUUGUUGGUUUAAGUUAUAGUAGAAGUGGUCAGAAUUUUGACUUGCACUGAAAACUCUUUAAAUCGGGAUUGCUGUAUGGUACCGUUGUAAUUCACAUUAGUCAAGCUGCUGUUCCCUAGCAAGUGUAAUCCUGUGUUUCAUAAAUGUGAUCUAUUGUAACAUUGGCAUUAUCAAACUAUUAUUUACCAGGUUUUGAAUAAACCUCAAAAAAAAAAAGUAAGCCAUUUUUAGAAAAAUAAAUGCAAUAUCAUUAACAAGAA